AUGCCAGUAAGUGAUUUUCCUCCGGCAAAAACGAUAACCGUCUACAGGAACGGAGACGCCUUCUUCCCCGGAAGGAAAAUGGCGGUAAACCCGCGGCAGGUGUCGAACUUUGACAGCUUUUUGAAUUCUCUGACCAGAGGAAUUGAAGCUCCGUUUGGAGCGGUGAGGAAGUUGUACACUCCCGUGGAGGGCCGUAAAAUUCGCAGCUUGGAGGAGUUAAAACACGGUAGUGCGUAUGUGGCAGCCGGAAAUGAGCAGUUUAAAAGGCUGGACUACGGUGAGAUAACAACCAAGAAGCCAGAGAGUAAGAAAAAACAACAGAUCCAGCCUGUUGUUCACAGCACAAUAGUAGUUUCUGCUCGGUGGAGGAGAACUUCGGAUGAGUCUUGCACGAUAAAUGUCUUCACCAAUGGGCAUAUAUUGGUGCCUCCUGCUCGAAUACGGAUCCCAAAGUACACGCUCAGAAGAUGGGAGAAUGUUUUAGCCAUGGUGACCGAGAGGGUGCGUCUUCGUACUGGUGCUGUGCACAGGCUUUACACGUUAGAUGGACAUCCUGUCUGUGCUUCCACUGAGCUGGAGAACAACCAGCACUAUGUUGCAGUUGGCGCAGAGAGGUUUAAAGCUCUACCGUAUGACCACUGCACCUCUGGAGUUUUAGUCAGGGACAACACCGUUCAAAGUCAAGACGUCCUGCCUCCAAUUAGAAAGAAAAGACAUGCAAAGGAUGUGUUUCCACACACAGGCUUUGGUGUGGACCUUGAGCACACAGCCAGGGGCCAGAUGAAGAAAUACACGGCAAAGCCAGAGAGAACCAAACAACAGAGGCAGGUGUCCAGAGACACAGUUCUCUUCUCAACAUGGGGGGGCAGUGUGUUCAAUGCACGAAACAAAAGGAACGAGAUGGCGGGAGCAGCGGAGGUGAAGGAGGACCUCCAGCUCAAGGUGGACCUGCCAAUUGAUCAGGUUAAGGCCAAGACAGUCGAGGAGGAGAAUGAAGCUGGGAGUUGUUCCACGAAUCCUUGCAAAGCCCGUCUCCAUGAUUCAGACGCCUUGUGUUUGCAGAGGUCUCUGUCUGCAGGUUCCAGGAAAGAUGGCGCCGGUUGUGAGCUGCCUCGUACCCCGGUGCAUUAAGACCGUGCAUGCCAUGCCUCUCCCCCUGCCGCUUCGCC